AUGCGAUUCGCUACAGUAUUGCUUGUUGCCAUCAUGCUUAUGGUGAUGGUAGAAUUAUCAGAGACAAGACGACGUGGUGGUGGAGGCAGAUCUGGAGGCUCCCGUGGCUCAAGAGGCUCCAGAUCUAGUCGAUCGAGAUCUAGAUCUGGAAGGUCCAGCUCAAAACCCAAAAUCACCAAAUACACACCAAUCAAAGCCACCUCAGUUCGCUCCCCAGUGAUUGUCAAACAAACUAAAGUGGGUUCGCGUUCAAGCACCUUCAAGAGAGUUGUCUUUGCUUACGCGGUGUACCGCUACGCGCCCAGCAAUGCCCCUGUCUAUCGGCAGGGAUAUCCAAUGUACCGGAGUUAUGUCUCCAUCCCGAAGAAAAGAGCAGUGAGGGUUACCUUUGAGAGAGAAAGGCUGCUGGAUGACAAAGGAGAUUUGUGUUUGGAUACAUCAGCAGGGAGUCAAACUGUGAAGGAAGGAAUCGACGACCAUUUGGUUGACUUGAGAACCACGGUGAAGUACAAAAAUGGAGAAACGAAAACACUACACGGAGUCGGCAAAACAGUGUCGCUGGAAGACAUCAAGGAUCAAGACUUUGAAGUUGUGAGCCUCGCCAGUUACGACAUCAUUAUUGUGCCGGAAACAACUUGUACAAAGGUAGAGAAGACCGUCAAAGGUACGAUGGUUACCAUGUACGAGAAAAAUCCGAACGGCUCAAAGAGACUGAACAUCAACAACAUACUACUCUCAAUCGUUAUUAUGUUGUUAAUGUUUAUGAAUUAA